AUGCGUCUUCGCUUCUUCCAAUAUUUCCUUAUUUGGCUCACAACCAUCUCGUUCGUCGGCGCUUUUGAAAAAAAUCUCGUUUAUGAUUAUAUCGCGAAAUACGCGAAUUUCUCAACGGACCCUUGCGACGAUUUUUUCGCGCACGUUUGUCCGACGUCGCAAGGCCAUUUUCGGUAUAUGGUCGACGAUGAAAAAACGCGAAUUUUGAAGAAAGCCGCUGAAAAUGGGCAUCGAUUCAGCGAUUUUUGGAUGAAAGACGAUGUUCUAUUCGAAUAUAAAUUGCAUAAUGCUAUUAAUAAAGGGGAAGCAAUGAAUAUUUGCAAUUUGGAGAAAAUCGGCAACGUUGUGAUCUACAAUCUCGCGAAAAUGUUCGACAGCAUCGUGAAUUCGGUGAUAAAUCUCGAAACGAGUUGCGAGCACAACGCGAUGUUCAUCAGCGCGAAUUACAAUCAGGCGAGAGUGCAUCGAUUUGUGAACGCGAUCGAGAACGGCGCGAAGACGGUGGCCGUCUUCGAGACGCUCGUUGGAAUCGAGAAGCGCAUCAAACAAUUGUUCAGCGAUAUAAAGGAGAUUCUAAGGGCCAAGAUUACGAGGACGCCUUGGGCGCGCAACAAAAACGUCACCCAAAUAUUUUUGCAAAAACUUGACAAUAUGACAUUGAAUGAUUUCGGAACGUUCUCGAAAUACAUCGAUGAUGGGAUUUCGGCGUAUAUGAAGGCUUACAAUGAUUGUGUUCAAUGGAACGCGCCGGUGCUAUUCUGCAAGGCGUCGGCUGUUCAGAUCGGCGGUCAGACGAUUGUUGGCAAUCCGAUUGCGUCGGGUCGAAUGAUCAUUUCGAGCGCCAAUGAUUGUAUGGGAAAAUUGUUCAAUAUGGACGAUAAUAACGUCUAUAUUCCAACAUUCAUGCAAAUGGUGGCCCAUGAGGACAACAUCGCGACAUUUUACGGCCUCAUCGGAUUCCUAACGUCACACGAAGUAAUGCACAGUUUCGUCUACGAGCAAGCCGACAAAUCGCCGCUCAAAUACCUAUGGACCAUCGAGACGGGCUGCAUUGCGGACCAGACGAGAAGCACGUGCAAAACGUUCGGAAUACCGUGUCCCAACGAUUUGUCGAGUGUUUUCGAAGAGGACGCCGCCGAUUUGAACGGCAUCCGAAUCGCGUUCGACCUCUACAAACAGCAGAAGGCGUUGAUCAUCGACAAGAAGGGACGAUUCGGAAUCGAGCGGAAGGCGUCGUUGACUCGCGACUCGCGCCACAUCACCGACGAUCAAUUGUUCUUCUACGCGUCGGCGGCGCAUUAUUGCGAGGGAUUGCCGACGGAUUAUUCGGCGGCGUUCUAUCGUCCGAAAAAACUCGAGCAGCACUCGAAGGAUCCGAUUCGAGUCAACAACGCCCGAGCAGAAGAUUGUCAAGAACAAGGCGAGCUUCUUCUUCUUCCACUUCAACUUUUUAACGACGGUUUUCAGGUGAAGGAUUGCGUUCAUUAUGGGACGAACGCGCCGGAGCGGAAGGCCGCUGGCGCGGAGCCGACGAUAGGGCUUGAGAAGAAGCUCAAACCAGAUGCGGGUCUCAGAGCGCUGAACAACACCAAUGUAGCGAAUAGUAGUAAGACGAAAAAGAAGAAGAAGCUGGAGCACAAGGCUGCUGCUCCCAAGGCUUCAGAGCCUAAGAAGCAAACGCUGGAGGUAGUUGGGACUCCUAGGAAUAGCAGCACUGUCAUCAGUGGUGCGAAGAAGCUGGAGCACAAGGCUGCUGCUCCCAAGGCUUCAGAGCCUAAGAAGCAAACGCUGGAGGUGGUUGGGACUCCUAGGAAUAGCAGCACUGUCAUCAGUGGUGCGAAGAAGCUGGAGCUCAAGGCCAGUACUGGCGAGAAGCUAGCGACGACGACGACGACGACUCCCAACCCGACGACACUCGCCGAACCCGCAAAACAAUAA